AUCGAUGUUGAAGGGUCAAUACCUUGUUUGAUACAGGCUAAACACAUUCUGCCCGUUACCUGCAUAUGUUCGCUGUUUAAAGUCGUCAUUCUUUAACUUGAACUUCAACAAGAUUUCCCAAGCUGAGGAUGCUUGGCAUUGCGACACCCAUGCUGUUACUGUGUGCCGUGUGUACACAAAGCCGAUUCUUUAAAGCUAUGGUCCCACCCACAUUGCCGCUGGACGAGGGCCCCACUCUGGGCCUUUACUUUGACCGCCCCUACUUCUUGUAUUGUGAAGCGAGUGGACAACCAAAGCCAUCGAUUCGACUAUGGAAGGAUAACGCCCCACUACAGACCAGCUCCCACAUUCUGUUGUCAGGCCUAGAGAGUCUUAAGUUGAAAUUCGAAGUUGGAGAAGGCGUUUACCAGUGUGAAGCCAACAACACGUACGGCAUUGCUAGAUCUGAUAACAUCACCGUCAAACAUGUGGUCCCACAUGGGUUAAACCUGGUUACGGAGAUUCACCCUGGUGGCUACGCUGAAAUAUCAUGUCCUACGGUGGAUGAAGUACAAGUCACAUGGAGAACGUACACGUGGAUGAAGAAUGGACACAAUGUGUCAGUCAGCGAUAAACACUACAUUGACGUAAAUGGAAACCUCCAUAUUUUGAAUUUGGACAGCCUUGAUGUUGGCAAUUAUUCCUGCACUAUUAAGUUUACAAACAUCAUCAUUGCUCCAACAUUAAAAUACACUACUUACCUGACAGUGGACGGUCAGUCACACAAUGGACAGACACAUUCCAAUGCUACUAACACUUCUAACGCAGGCAAGAACGUCACCACAUCGAACAAUUCUGUAGCUUUCGAUUCAAUUGCAACAUCCAUACAAACAGCUGGUGCUCUGAAUCCUGAAAUAUACAUGUCUACUGUCAAACCUACACAAACAGCUAGUGUUCAAAGUCCUGAAAUAUACAUGUCUGCUGUCAAACCUACACAAACAGCUGGUGUUCAAAGUCCUGAAAUAUACAUGUCUACUGUGAAACCUACACUAACAGCUAGUGUUCACAGUAUUGAAAUAUACAUGUCUACUGUCAAACCUACACAAACAGCAAGUGUUCACAGUUCUGAAAUAUACAUGUCUGCUGUCAAACCUACACAAACACCUGGUGUUCACAGUUCUGAAAUAUACAUGUCUACUGUCAAACCUACACAAACAGCAAGUGUUCACAGUUCUGAAAUAUACAUGUCUGCUGUCAAACCUAAACAAACAGCUGGUGUUCACAGUUCUGAAAUAUACAUGUCUACUGUCAAACCUACACAAACAGCAAGUGUUCACAGUUCUGAAAUAUACAUGUCUGCUGUCAAACCUACACAAACAGCUGGUGUUCACAGUUCUGAAAUAAACAUGUCUACUGUCAAACCUACACAAACAGCUGGACGGCAGUCCACUCAAACCAGAGGUCUUGAAACAAUCAUGGUCACCAAACCACAGAACUAUACCUACGGGGAUAAUGUGACGAUCGAGUGCUUGUGCAACGGACAGACAGAUAAAGGACAUCCGACUGUUUCAUGGACAUUUCCGAAAACAAAAACGAAGAACAUGAAUUCUAGUUCGGACACAUACCAAAGAAGACUGGUCAUUUCAAAGGCUGACCACAAUAAUUCAGGAAAUUACACCUGUACCUGUCACAACUCAAGUCGUCCCACAGACUCCAAGACAAUAGCGAUAGUCAUCCAGGCUGACUACCUAUGGGUGAAGAAACCAACUCCUGUAGUUGUGAUGGCAGGCAGCAGUGCCAGAUUUACAUGUCACGCCCGAUGGAGUGACAACAGGCAGCGCAACCCCAACAUCACGUGGUACAUCAACUAUGUUCCUAUAGAUAACGAAAACGGAAUCAUGAUUGAAUUCGAAAAUGUCAGCCGGAUAAGGAACAUUCAUAACAUCCAAUGCAGAACCACAUCUGAACCCCGUAGCCUGUACUUCAACAGUUAUUUACGAGUUAUAGAACCAAUGUUGAUCAGUAUUGGUACAGACACAGCAAACAUCACGAUCACGGCUGAGAAUCCCAGCUUUGCGUUGCCCGUUGUUCUCGCCACAGACCAGUCAGUGGAAAACAGAUUGUCUUGGGAACAUAUUCCCGAAAACGAUUUCUUAGCUGCGACUCUAAAAGGGGAAAAUUCUAACAUUCUCACACGUACUAGCAACAGUACUGCAUGGGAGUCGUUACUUGGAACAUACAUAUUCAGAGUCCACAAUAAGUAUGAAGACAGAAGCAUAACUUUUUAUGUUACACGGAAGUCAAAUGAUGAACUUCUUCUGGAGACACGAGGUCCUUUUGAGAGGAACUAUUACCUGGGCGAGAUCCUUGGAUUAGUGACAGUGGUGGCUUUGCUCAUGGCACUCGGCAUCGUGUACAAGGAAAGGGAGUGGAUAAAGAAGAAAUGGCGGAAGCGUAAGAUGGAACAAUCGAUCAAGUUUCGUCUUGAACUGGCAAAGUAUAAUCACGCUUCCCGCUACGUCAAGUUCCCCGCCUAUAGUGACGAGUUUCCCAUAGAUCGACUCCACUUCCUGGACACACUUGGCGAAGGGAAUUUUGGGAAGGUGAUGAAGGCGGAAGCGCUGGAUGUUGCCGGAACCGGAAAGUGGGACCUGGUCGCGGUCAAGAUGUGCAAAGACAUAGCGACGGACGCUGAGAAGGAGAACCUCUACCACGAGACGGUCAUCAUGAGGAAGGUCCCUCGGCAUAUCAACGUCGUCACCUACCUCAGCUAUGUGGCAUCAUCAGAGCCAACUCUGCUGAUCAUGGAAUACGUGCCUGGGGGAAAUCUUCUUCAGUUCCUGAGAAAAAGGCGUCCCCAGAAGGUGAAGGAGGAUGAAGAGGGGACGGGCGAAGGAGUCAGUGGAGAGAGAGAAGAAAGUACAGAGGAUGGUGGAGGACAGAAGUCUGAGGGACAUGAUGACUCGGGACAGAUGAAUCUAUUGUCAUCACGUGACUUGUCCUCUUUUGCUCUGCAGAUAGCAAAGGGCAUGGCGCAUGUUGCCUCGCAUAAUAUAAUUCACAGAGAUUUGGCUGCAAGGAAUGUUCUCCUGGGACUAGGGAAUGUCUGCAAGAUUUCUGACUUUGGUCUGUCACGUGACAUGGAGGGGAGUGACGAAUACGAAGUGUCGACAAUGGGUCCCCUCCCAAUACGCUGGAUGCCCCCCGAGUCUCUGACAGACCGGCUGUACACUCUCAAGUCCGACGUGUGGUCCUACGGGGUCCUUCUCUGGGAGAUUGUCACCCUCGGGGCCAGUCCAUAUUCGGGUCAGAGUGCCCGGCAGGUGAUGAUGUCGGUCACGGAAGGGAAGAGGCUGGAGAAGCCGGACUACUGUUCGGAGCAUGUGUACAAGCUGAUGACACAGUGCUGGCGGCCCCACCCCGGGGACAGGCCCACCUUCUCCGACCUGGCGGACACCAUCGAGGGGCACCUGGAGGAGGAGGCCGAGUAUGUUCAGCUCAGCAACUUUGACGUCAACAUCUACGACGUCAUCGACAUGGGCGGCAUGGACGUCGCGGAGGAAAAAGUUUGAGACAGGCGUCAGAAGAUGAUGUCAGUGUAUACAUAAUGACACAACUGGUUACUAGUUAGUUGAUGAAACAUUUGUCCUGUCGAAUAACCAAAGGAUACAUAAUUGGUCGGUUGGUUAUGAUCCAGUGAUUGACAUCAUGAGCAUCGAUCCACACAAUUGAGAUAAGAUGACAUGCAUCAACCAAGUCAGCGAGCCUGACCACCCGAUCGCUUCUUACGACAAGCAUAGCCGACUUUUACGGCAAGCAUGGGUUGCUGAAGACCUAUUCUACCCCAGAUCUUCACGUGUCUAAAUCAUUAGUAUUCUAACGAACGUUAAUAGCUAAUUUCAAAUUAUUUCAACGAAACAUUAUUUCUUUUAUGAAUGUAACAAUAAAAGCAAUAUGUGAUGAUACAUGACACACCAACUAGAAUGUCAUGGACACAAGCAUCAGCAUGCCCUACAAGACUUGCAGGAACUUGGCGAGCACUAGCAGGAGUCAAUAUUCGACAGGAUCGUACACGUGACUAACACAAUCUGGCAGCAUCCGUGAAACGUAUAGAACAGUUGGUUCAGUUUGCUCUUGAAUCCAAAUAAAAUGGUAUACCUAUUGACUGUAAGCAGUAGUAUGUCUUCAAAAGUGGUAGACGUGUUGAUAAACCUAUCUGCGGCGGUAUCUGGUGUGGCAUGGUUUAAAGAGAACUCAUGGAAUAUCACUUCUCCACAGCUACUCAAUGUAUUAUUGUAAGUAGUGGGAAAUACCUGGUGGA